AUGUCCGAUCGCCUAUACCGUGCCACAGAGAAAUUUAAGACCAUGAUCAAAAUGAGACCCUGGUCCCCGAAGCGAGGGAAGAAGCAAGAAGAUAGCCGUUGCUACCUAAUGGAAUUACCUACUGAGCUGUUGCUGGAGAUCAUAUCCCAUCUGACAGUGCUGCCGGAGGCUGCGCUUGCGCUGACCAACAAGCGCAUGUUCGCAAUCUCUGGAGAGAUCCUGCUGUCAAAAUCCCUCCGAUUCAGUCGUGAUUUUGCUCCGCUUUUCCACCAUUAUCGCAAUGGGCAUAACUUUAACACACCCCGGUGGGCAUUUCUCAACGUGUUGGAAAACGCCCGCUGGAAACUAUGCUCCAGGUGCUUGAAACUCCACCCUCGAGCCGCAUUCUCAUCCAGAGAGUUAAGGCGGAAGCCAGAGAAUCGAACAUGCAAUGUUGGAGAUUUAGCAGGAGUUGUCGACUUGUGUCCAUGCAAAAAAUUAACCUUCCGCGACAAACUUGAUCUCGCAGAUCAUGUUCGAGUGCGGCAGGUGACGAUGCAAGCCUUGAAGUCGGAAUUCGGGAACGCUGUCAGUGACCGCUACUGCUGGCAUACAUGUACCGAGCAGUACGGCCCAACCGAGCUAAAGACAUCUUUAUUUCCAGAAAUCAAUGACGACAAUCAGCUUGUUGUUCGCACGGAAUACCAACUCACAACCGAGUCAGGGCAAGUUGGCAAGGAAGAUUAUAUGACACCCCGCUUCGGGUGUGCACAUCGAUCGGUCGACUUGUGGCUCUCGAGCGUUCACCAAACCACUAUAUGCCGCCUCUUUGACUCCUUCUGCUCGUCCUGCAAACGUAUAUCUGUCUGCAGUGCUUGUGAUACGACUUUGACAUGUCCACGAAAAGCACCAUUCCACUCUGAAAAAUCUGGCAGGGCGACAUAUUCAUUCUCGACUCAAAGAACCCUCGGAGGCACUAGCCCGGUUCCUGAUCCAGCUUGGGGAGCGCAAAGAAUUCAUCCAGCCGAACCGUCAGUCAGUGUUGAAAACUGCAACGAGUUGUGUCCUUGGACUGUACGCGAGCAUCCAGCACUCUCAUUCGCGCCGAGCAUAGAACAGGAGAUUAUCGAUUCUGGAAUAGGUAACCAACCCAUCAACCAACUUUACACAUACAUCAACAUAGUUUAA